UAUUCAACGAAUGGACUUUUCUAUUUGAUGCCUGGGGCAUAACUUGUGGAGAUAUUAAGUGAUCAUUGAAAUUGCAAAAUAUUUUGAUCAAAGAAAGGCAAAAGUUAUCAGUUAGAAAAAGACUCAGCAUUUGUUGUAUGCCCAAAUGACCUCAUUCCAUGCUAGUAAUUGACAUACAACAUACAACUUGCCCGAGAAUUACUGUUUGGCAGUUUACAGGCCUUGAUCAAGAUACUGUGGCCUUUCAGUGUAUGUUGAAACAUUCUGUCUUCUCUAAUAUCUAACAAUAAUCAGCAUCAGGUGCUUUAGGUCCAAAAAAUAAGGCCUCGGGCAGUAAUGUGACUCUCCAUUUAUUUAAAAAAAAGGGCAAAUCUGAUUAAAAGAAAAAAAUCAAAGAGGACCUCUGAAAUAACAAAGCUAGUAGCUAUUUGUUGUUUGAUAUUUGCAACUGUCUUCUAUUUCUUUAAUAUGAUCCUGAAUUUUGUUUGCAUUGAUUUGUUAUUUGACUUUGGAUUUGCAGUGUUUUCUGGGCUCUAUUUCCAGGAAGACUAUUGUUGACAUGUGAUUUCAGCAUAUGGAGCUACUAAACUGCUUUUAAUUUGAUACAAUACACAAUGCUGCACCAUUCACAAAUCAGUAAAAGAUUCUAUCCAUCUUUUUGCAGCCAUUUUAGGUGGUAUGAAGUCAAACAGAAGAUUCUGCCCUAGUGAGACAGUAGAUUCUUCACUCAGAUACUGGCAUCCUGACUCAGAUGAAAAGGCUCUAGAUUGUUGAUUGUAAGAAGAAAAGAUUGAGAUUUAGAUUCAGAGUUUGCUUUAGCAGCAUUUGCAGUUUUAUUUCUCUAUCUCCUUUGUCAUAUUAUAGCCAUGAUAGACAUGAAGUUCUUCAGAAUAUUUUUGUGUGUUUGUUUUCCCACUGGAGCAUUCAGGUUCAUGAAAUUAUUACAGUAUCCUCAUUCAAAUGGAAAGGGUGUGCAUAAAGCCAAAUCAAAAUGAAAAUGUGGGUUGUUCCUACCAUACUGGUGCCUUCCUUCCCUCAUUUCCUCUGAGAAACUUCUCCUCUUGCUCCACAUUACAGCCAUCAGGUGUUGUCUCAUUGCAGAAAGUAGAUCCUCUUCCAUGUUGAAGCUGUUUUUUUGAAUAGGACUGCCAUAAGAAAUGUGGGAUUUGGUUCUGCCAGGCAGAAUUAGACCUAAAUCAGGCUAGAAUCCAGUAAUUUAUUUCCAGAGGUGAAAGAGUUCAGGAAUUCCUGCCACCUUUGCAGGAAUGAGAUUUGUGCAUGGAUCACAGUGGAAAUCAGCAGAAAGCAGUAUCAAGCAAGUGCACUGCCAGGGAGAUGGUGUCUUAAGGAAUUGGUUUAGGCUGAAACAGGUUUUGUUUUUUUAACUACCAAGUCAAAAUGAAGCAGAGUCAAACAGAAGCAAACUCUUAAUUGUAUUUUAGAUGAUUCAAAUAAAUUCUGAACUUUGAUCAUCAAAAAUGUUUCCAUUUCUAAAAAUGUUUUGAUGAGCUCUUCUUUUAUUUCUGCUAUCUGAAUUACUGAACUCUACAUGCAACGUCCUGAUUUAGCUAAUAUUUAGAAUAUGGACAGCUAAAUUGAUACAAUGAGGGAAUUAAGACCAGCAGUAAUGUCAAGCCCUUAUAGGCCUAAGGAGUAGGUUGCCAAUGGUUUUGGCAUUCCAUGCAUUUUAAAUUUCUAACUCUUCUCCUAGUUUGCAUCAUAUAAUCUCUGGAUUUCAGAGAGGCUUGGGAAACUUAUUCCAGCUGAGAAUUUGUCCCAGUAUAUUUCAUAAUUUUUCCUAUAAUAAAUAUAUCCUAUAAUAGACAAAAACUCACUCAUCAUCAUAGAGUCCAUAAUACAUUUUUUCUCUAUACAGAAGAAUAACUUUGUUGGUUUGAGCAACAGCACAACAGUGCAAAUGGGAGCAUGUCAUGUGAGUAGCAGGCCCAGGGAAAGAAAAUGCAUUUUUUUUCCAAAGUGACUAUGCUCAUUAUGAUUCUCUUUGAAUAGCAUUUCUGCCUUAUUUCUGAGCUCCACCAUGAAAUCCAACUGAUGCCCUUACAGAUGUAAUUGAAAUGAUUGGUUUUAGAAAGACUGAUACCUAAAUUUGAGAACUGUUGCUUUAAGGAAAUGUUUUUUCUUCCUUUUUUUUUUCCUCACUAGUUUACUUCUGAAACAAACAACCAUCAGCAGAAGAUGCCCCUUCCUCAGACCAAAUUCUGAAAUAUAGACAAUGGAUUAUAAAAAUGAAGUCUUACAGAAACUUCUGAUGAACAUGGUUAUGACUACAUGUUGCAUGAAUGACACACAUGUUCUCGGCAAAAUUUAUGGUCAAUCUGCUCUGUUUUUCUGCUUAUUUGAAUGGUAUGCCUUAUUUUUCCAAAAGUGUAUAAUUGGAGAUUUUUUUUUGUUUUUUCCUUUGUUUUCUUGUUUUUUGCUUGUGUUUUUAUUAAAACAGUAACAAAUUGGAAUAACUGCCCAAUAUCUGAAUAGGAAAGCCCAGACAAGAAAUGAAAAGUGAAGAAACAAAGUUCUUGGACAAAAGUUCUAACUCGUUUGUGCCACCAAGUGAAAUGCACACACACACAGACACAGAGGCAAAAUAAUUAUUUUAAGGGAAUACUAAUAUAUGUUGAGCAACACAAAGAAUGGGGAGAAAAGAUGUUGCAUAUGUGUGGUUGUACAGGAUCAAUUCCAGCGCGGUGUGGAUGAUAGAUGUUCUGGAAAUGUGUCCCAAGGUCAGUAACAGUAUUGACAAAAAGAGUACCCAUUCAAAGUAAACAUUAAAGAUGAGUUAGCAUUGCAGGUAGUAAUAUUUAACACAAACUGUUGACUUUUUUUUUUUUUUUUUUAGUAGAGUGCAAACCUGAUCUAUGCAUCCAGACUUGUUAUGUGUUCAGGAUGAAUUGGAUUUAUCGGACUUUUUAUUUCAUUUUCUUACUUGCUUCCGUUUACAGUGAAUGUGUGACUCAGAUCUAUGAAAAUACACUCUUCCAAGGAGGAGACCUCACUACAGUUUUUACACCGAGUGCCAAUUACUGCCAAAUAGUGUGUACUUACCAUCCUACCUGUCUGCUCUUCACCUACUUGCCAGCGACAUGGACUAAAGAUCCUGCAAAAAGGUUCUCCUGCUAUUUAAAAGACAGCGAUACAGAAAUGCUGCCGAAAGUGGAUAUGGAAGGAGCUAUCUCUGGACAUUCCUUAAAACAGUGUAACCAAAUUAGUGCUUGCAGCCCAGAUGUCCAUGUAGGACUGGAUAUGGAAGGGAAUAUUUUUGAUAUUACUAUGGCUGACAGCUAUCAAGAGUGUCAAAAACGAUGUACCAAUGACAACCGUUGUCAUUUUUUUACAUAUGCCUCUGAAACAUUUCACAAUGCAAGCUUUUGUAAAAAAUGCUUCUUGAAACAUACCAGUGUAGGAACUCCAACCAACAUAAAGGUGCUCGAUGAGGUUGUGUCUGGAUUCUCUCUAAGGCCAUGUCAGCUUUCUGAAUUAGAUUGUCAAAUGGACAUUUUUGAAGAUCAAGUGUUUUCAGGAAUUAAUAUUACAAGUUUUUUCACUCCUGAUAUUUCUGUGUGCCAAACUAUGUGUACAUAUUUCCCGAAGUGCUUGUUCUUUACAUUUUUUACCAGGAAAUGGCAAAUAGAAUCUCAAAGAAAUCUUUGCCUUCUGAAGACAUCAACGAGUGGAAUUCCAGAGGAACUCGUAUCACAAGAAAAUGCUGUAUCAGGCUUUGGCCUCCUAAAUUGCAGAAGAUCUUUUCCUGCCUGCAAUUCUCGCACUUACACACAGAUGGAUUUUUUGGGAGAUGAACUUACUGUCACUUAUACUAAAGGACACAGAGCCUGUCAGCAGGUUUGCACAGACAUGAUCCGCUGCCAAUUUUUUUCCUAUUCUCUCCUCCAAGAUUCAUGCAAUGAAGAAGGAAAGUGUGAGUGUCACCUAAGAAUGUCCUCAAAUGGAUCUCCGGUGAAAAUAGUACAUGGACCAGGAAGUAUCUCUGGAUACUCACUAAGAUUAUGCAAAAAAAAAGCCAGUACUGUGUGUAUGCAGCAUUCUGCAAGAACAAUUAGGAUCGUUGGUGGCACAGACUCCUCCCCUGGCGAAUGGCCGUGGCAGGUCAGCUUGCACGCCAAGCUGUCUCGCCAGAGACACCUGUGCGGGGGCUCCAUCAUCAGCAACCGGUGGAUCCUCACAGCUGCUCACUGUGUCGCGAGUCUAGAGAAUCCCAACAUUUGGCGUAUUUAUGCUGGUAUUUUGAGACAAUCAGAAAUAAAGGAGGAUACACCCUUCUUCAACGUGGAAGAGAUUAUUGUUCACUCUCAGUAUAAAGAUGCACAUAUUGGACAUGACAUUGCUUUAAUGAAACUUGCUGAGCCUAUGAAUUUUACUGAUCUUCAACUACCUAUCUGCCUGCCAUCAAAAGAAGACACUAACAUAUUUUAUACUGACUGUUGGGUAAUUGGAUGGGGUUACAGAAAAGAAAAAGGUCGGGUACAAGAUAUUCUUCAAAAGGCUCCUGUUCCCUUCAUGUCAAAAGAGGAAUGCCAGGCAAGGUACUGGAAGCGCAAAAUAGGUGACAAAGUGAUCUGUGCUGGCUAUGAUGAAGGAGGAAGGGAUGCUUGUAAGGGAGAUUCAGGAGGGCCCCUGUCAUGCAGACACGAGGAGGUGUGGUAUCUGGUGGGCAUCACCAGCUGGGGCGAAGGCUGCGCUCGGCCCAGGCAGCCGGGAGUCUACACCAAAGUUGCUGACUAUGCAGACUGGAUUCUAGAAAAAACUACAUAGUAUGAGCACUACUGACUCACUCAAAUUGUUGCUGAGGAAUAACAACCCUCAGAGCAAUGGGAUAAAGUGUAUUAGUAAAGUGUAUUAGUGGUUUUACAAUGGUGUUUUUGUUAGUCUAGAGUGUAAAGUACUUGUUUUAAAUGCAGAAAAGCAGGAAUGAAUGAAUUUUCCUAUUACUAAAUAAAAAGCAGUAAUAACAAUAAACUCUGUGAUCACUGAUUUGGCAGAAGAAAAUAUGGCUGAGCCACAGACUUCUUCUAUUCUUGUUAGCAUAAAACGGGAGUGGACGAGGUUGCAGGACAUGUACAGACCUUGGAGCUGGGAACUACUUCUGUAUUAGGAGGUUGCCACGCAGCAAAAAGAAAUUUCCUUCUCUUGUCUGAAUGUAGUUAAAAUGGGCAAACCACUUACAAGCUUACUGGAGGGCUGGGGGAAGGGAAGCUAAGGCAUGGAAAUGUCUACACAGUUGCAUUGCCCUGGUUUCCUUGGGGAAUUAACAAAAAAAAGUUUCAGUACUAACCAAGAAAACAAACCCAUAGGUCUUGGCAGAGGGACACACGUGGAUGCAGACACCACCAAGCCCAGUUCAUGCUGGAAAAUCCCAUCCUGCUGUUCCCAGCAGUCUGCCAAGGAUUGGCACAGGUGUGCUUUACCAUUGUGCUGUGAUCUCCACUGGGCUUUGAUCUUCUGAGGACCAAGGCAGGGAGCUCAAGCCUGACCCCUAGGGUGCCUCCAAGUUACUUCUAGAGGCACACAGAACACUAAAACAGUCGAAGGCAUAAAAUACUUUUUUUCUACAUUGCUGCUCUCCAGACUUUUUGCAUUCCCAGUUGCAAGGUCACUUGAGUGUAUUUACAAUCCCCAUUAGUCUUCCACUUUUACUCAUUGCUCCCAAAGAGCUGUCACCUACAUUAUUCUAAUUUCUGUGGAUAAUUUUGUGAUGAGAAGGAUAAGAGGGUCUACUUCUCUUGAGGUAGAAUUUCCAGAAAAUCAAGAAAAGGAUCCCCUCCCCCAAUAUAUCUUUUUAUUUUCCAAAUACCU